AUGACGGAUAUUCCUUCUUCCACAAAUGAGUUGGAUUUCUCACCAAGACACUUGCCCAGGAACGGCUCUGUGCGAUCUGAGCUGCCGGUAUCCCUGGAGGACUGGAGUGAUGGUGAGAAGGAGCUGGACUGUGGCAGAAGCUCUCCAGGCCACUCUCACAAGACCCCCUUUCUCUGUGGGUCUCGCCAAGGCAAGGACGUUGCCAAUGCCACUCCUGGGACUGAGGAAAGGGAGGCAGAAUUGCAUCUGUUUUGGCUUUCCCAUCACAAGCCCCGGCAGUACAGGAAGCCAGGGCUUGCAGCUGAAGACACGGAGAAGCGUGGGGCUAGUGCAGGAGAAGCAAAGCCUUCCCAUGGGAGCCACCUAGUGCUGCAGGAUGCAUGCAAGAAGAAGGGACUUAAGGAGAAUGGUCAGGAGGCACAGGAGAGGUUGGACGCUAGAACGCCUUGCUCAGAUGACAUUGUGCAGCUGAUAGAUGAGCGUGGGGUGUAUUCCUCAGCCAAGCUGGUGCCUGCCACAGAGGCAGCCCGCUCGCCAUGCCCGCAGCGGCAUUUGGACUGCAGCAGUGGGGAGGAGUUUGAGAUCCGGCAGGUGAUCGUGGACGAGAAGCCCUUUCAGUGUGCUGUCUGCACUAAGGCUUUCAAACGGGCGUGGGAGCUCUUCAGCCAUGAGGUGGUGCAUAAUGAGGAACGCCCCUUCUGCUGCCAGCUAUGCCAGGCCUCGUUCAAGCGCCACUCGGACUUCAAGAGCCACGCCCUCGUGCACACGGAAGAGCGGCCCCAUCGCUGCGAGCUCUGUGGCAAGCGGUUCAAGCGGGCAUCCAACCUGGCCGAGCACCGCCGCAUCCACUCGGGGGAGCGGCCGCACCGCUGCGCUGCCUGCACCAAGCGCUUCAAGACCCCCUACGAGCUGCAGCGGCACAUGCUGACGCACUGCGCUGAGAGGCCCUUUGCCUGCGCCGCCUGCGGGAAGGGCUUUGCGGCGGCAGGAGCCCUCCUGCUGCACCAGCGGCAGCACUGCGACGACAAGCCCCACGUCUGCGGCGUCUGCGGCAAGCGCUUCGCCUACGGACACAGCCUGCGCGUCCACGAGCGGGUGCACACAGGGGACCGGCCGUUCUCCUGUGCCCUUUGUGGCAAGGCCUUCAAGCAGUCAAACGCCUUGGCCUCGCACGAGCGAGUGCACACGGGGGAGCGUCCCUUUGCAUGCCCCACGUGCGGCAAGGCCUUCAAGCAGUCGUCAUACCUGGCUAUCCAUGCACGCUCGCAUACCGGUGAGCGGCCCUAUGCCUGCGGAGCCUGCAGCAAGGCCUUUGCACGGCCCUCCCUGCUCCUGCAGCACCAGCGCGUCCACAGCAGUGACCGGCCCCACCGGUGCCGACACUGCGGCAAGCUCUUCAAGGACUUGGCCUACCUGGCGGUGCAUGAGAAGGUGCAUACAGGCGACACUCCUUACAAGUGCCCCAUAUGUCAGAAGGGCUUUGCACAUCCUUCAAACCUACUGCAGCACCAGAGAAUCCACCGGGAUGGAUAG